AUACUCUCGUAUCUGAACUAUCUAAUAUACAUUGUUUCAUGAACCAUUCCUGAUAUAACGUAUGUGUGUAUUAUGCUGAGCACCAAGCCGGCCGCCCCUGUUUCGUCAUUGGCACUACACACACUGCUAUAUGUGUAUUGAUCUCAAGGCAACGGCUGUUCCAUUGAAGCUGGCUGGUUGGCGCUAAGACGUAUUGACCAAAGGUUUAAUCAUCAUGGCGCUGGAAAUCCACAUGCACGUGGAGUUAUCCAGGAUAUCCUCAUUCGUAUAAUAUGGAGGUCAAGAUGGGACCGGUACUGAAGUCUUUUUACGGAUGGAUAGGUUGCUGUUGAAAUACGUAAUCAAGAAAUGCUUCAUUCAGCUGAAGGAAAAUAUAACUCCGCGUUAUAUCUGCGGACAAUUGUACACAAACAAUGCGUUGGACGAACAGGAUUAUAUAGAAAUUGUCGAUUCAAACGAAGAAAAUCAACGUAACACUGAACGCUUUUUAUUAAAAAUAUUGCCAAAGAAAUGCACAUUCGAAAUUUUGCGUGAUGCAAUUUCCGAUUCGUAUGACUUUUUAUUAAAAGAUUUAGACCAAAGUCGACAGGAAUUUGAGACAACUGUUGUGCAUAAGACAUCCGAGAGCAAAAGCGGCCCCGAGAAACCGGUAGUGAUCAACAUUGAAACCGAAGCAAGAGUGUUAGCUAUCAAGCAGUACUACGACAUUAAACGUAAGCAUUGGAAUGGAAAUAUCGAAGAAUUCAAUGUGUUUAUUUCCGACACAAGCAGAAUUUAUGAAUUCCAAAUAGAGAGCAUCAGAAUGUGCCAUGGGCUACAUUCAACAGAAUUAUUGAGCGGGCUAAAUGAUAAUUUGGCGAUAAUUGCAGAUCAGUAUUUUAAAUCGAUGAUAUUGAAAUGGAGACACGAAAUAGGAAAAGGUAAUCCAACACGGACUCGAAUGACCGAAAUACGAACACUUCUACAAGAUAUUAUCCCUAAAACAUCUGUACCUGUUCUAUACUACAUGUCGGUGUGUGGUCAAUUCGCGUUAGCGAUGCGUGCUAUUGGUGAUCUAGACGAAGCCUUAAGGAAUGUUUACGCUGCCAAACAGUUGGGCAUAGCCAUACCAAAUUGUCGAGAGAAAGUCAGUAUCCUUUCUACUGAAUCAAACGCCGAAUGGGAAAGAAGCUCGCGAAAUGGUCGGAUAGAUAAUGCCGAAAAAGAGCGACUAAUUAGUUUAGUAAAAGAAUCGAGACUUGCAAAUCGGGAAUUGACCUCAUCAGAUCGCAAUAUUGAGUCCGAGGACGAAAUCAGGGCCGCAGCCGAUUUCGACAAUGCUACAAUAGUUGUAGAGGCUUUAAUCAGAGUUGGAAUCGAUGACAAAGGAAGAAACCUGUCGGAUGUUGAUGUUUCCGAAACAGACUUGGAGAGGGCAAGAGAUUGCUUUGCACACAUUGAGCAAAAGAGCAACUGGCAUAAAUUGGCUGAUAGGUGGAAGAUAAUAUAUUUUCUUGCGAAGGCAAAAGUGUCUAAUCUUAAAAAGAAAUACAGUGAUGCGGACAUGUUUAUCAAAUGUGCCCGUGAACAUGCUGCUAAAGUACCAUAUCUAUCCGAAAUUAAACAAAAUGCUGACAAUUUCCAGCUCGGUGAGCACUGCUCUAACACAUUAACCUAACAUACAACAUACACUAUGCACCAAGUUCUUUUGCAUUGUACAUUCGCGUCCUCAUUGCUGGGGCACUUAAUCCUAAGUGAGCACUGUUCUAUCACAUGAACCUAUCAUACAACAAACAUUCUGAAAUAAGAAAACACUCUAGGAACCGAGAACCAAACGCUCAAUACACAUCCCAACCAAACCCCAGGAAAUAUAACCCCAACCCAGACCUCACCCUGUCUUCCCAUUCCCCUACUACUACUAGCUCUACUUUCCUACCCCCUACCCACAAAACCUAUAUACCAAAUUAUUCCCAGCACCAUUCGGUCUGCAGCCAACCCCACCAACAUGUUUUGUUUCAUAAUCACCCUGCAACCCUCACUACCUCUUUUCCCCUCACAAUACUCGAUCCACACUCAAUAUAUCACAGCUAUAUAGCAAAACGUGGGAUUGUCUACAGAGUAGCGAUGUCGGAAUGGUGUGGCUGCACGGAAAGUAUGGACAUUUGGUUAAGAGGACAACAUACAUUAUGGGAGAGAGAGACUUCGAAAGAAGCCUUACAAGUAUGGACAAAAAAACUUGAGCACCAGCACCAAAACUAACCAUUAACCACUAACAUCAAGUCCGUCGGAUGGGACUUAAAAUGGCGUCCCGUGUUAGAAUGUCUAACUUGCACGAUAUUUAAAGUUUAGGCGUGAUAGGACCGGCCCAGAAGAUGGGGGUAUUUUUAGGCCAAUAUUUGAUAUUUCGAAAUAUUUAUUAGGUAUUUAGAUGGACGUCAAAAACCUUGAUAAACCAAAUUGACAGGGUAGGGUUUUCUCUCUUCUCCAUCUAUAUUCGCUGGUGUAGGCGUAGCUGUCUACUAAACAGUGCUAGGUUAGGACCUGUUCGAAUCUGGGAAUGGCCUUCAAAAAUUAAUUAAACCAUAAAUUAGACAGACGACUCCCUUCUCUCCCAUUCCAUUCUCCCCUAUCACUCCACACUAUUCCCUACCCGUUUUCGUCAACUGAAAGGCCGUAAUAGCGGGCGUAAAACCCGUUAAAUAGAUAAAUAAAUCUUAGUUCUCUACAUCCUUACCUCGGGUUCCUACAGUACAGAACUAGGUAAUUUAUCUUUACAAUAUUAAGGACCACGUACAUGUACGUUUCUUCUGCGGACAAGAAUUGCCGAGUAACUCAAACCAUUUUUCUUUAAUACAUGCACUGUAUCUUAAAUUGUCAGAUACAGAAGAUAUGCGAUGACAACUGAAUAAAUGGAAACGAAAUUCACAAGA